CUCAGCAGCGAGCGCAAGCGGUAGACAAGAGACGGACGCGAUAGCUGGAAACAUUUAUUCACACAGCUGAAUGAAUCUCUGCUGGCAACAAAAAAAUAACAGGACCACGUUUCCUCCGACUGGGAACUACUGAAAAACACCGCGCGUUGGCUUUAUAGGCGCAGGACAGGCUUGCAUACGAAAGACUCCAAGGAAGAGACGCGUGAGGAAAGUUUUCCUACGCGAAAACAAACUGGACGGAACAGUGCCGAAAUCGUGACGCAUAAGCCAUGCACUGGUUAUACAGCGUGGGAUAGUUCUUCUGGUGUCUUUCGUUUGAAGGGGAUGCCUUUUUGUUGGCUUUCUGCAACAAAAGUUUGACACCAGGAACGCCAUAUUAUUCUGUUCGACAAGAAAACGCGUCUUUCUGAGCGGAACAUUUCUCGCGCUCACCAGCCCAGAGUCGCUGUUUUCUUCUGUUAUUUGUUGGUUUGGCUGGAGGAUCCGUUCCUCGUCGUGUAGUUUGGGGGACAGGGGGGUGGUUUGGAUAUCUAUAUUUUUCACUUUUCCUUCAUGGCCUCAUCCAGGAUGUAUCUUCUUAUGAAAUGCAUGCUGAUUUUCCAACUUGUGGGGUUGAUCGCGAAGAACAGUCGGGCGCUCAUUUGUUUGCCCUGUGAUAAGUCCAAAUGCGAGGAGCCCAAGCACUGUACGGGUACCGUGGUGUUGGGGAUCUGCGGCUGCUGCUCGGUUUGUGCCAAGCAGAAGAACGAGAGCUGCGGCGGCGUUUACGGUCUGUACGGGACCUGCGACCGCGGACUCCGGUGCGUGAUCAGACCCCCGUUAAACGGCGGCUCCAUCACGCAGUACGAGGUUGGAGUUUGUGAAGAUGAAAACUGGGAUGACGACCAGCUCUUGGGCUUUGAGCCAUGCAAUGAAAACCUGGUUACGGGCUGUAACAUAAUUGAUGGGAAGUGUGAAUGUGACAGUGUACGAACAUGCAACAACCCAUUUGAGUUCGCUAGCCAGGAAGCCUGUCAGACAGCCCUGCAGAAGAUUGAAGAGGAAAGGCCGGACUGCUCCAAGGCGAGAUGUGAGGUGCAGUUUUCUCCACGCUGCCCUGAGGACUCUAUAUUGAUCGAGGGCUAUGCUCCACCAGGUGAAUGUUGCCCCCUACCCAGCCGCUGCGUGUGUAGCCCAGCCGGGUGUCUGAGGAAAGUUUGCCAGCCCGGGCACCUCAACAUCCUUGUAUCCAAGAGCUCAGGCAAACCUGACGAGUGUUGUGAUCUCUACGAAUGCAAACCAGUGUUCAGUGUAGACUGCAGCACAGUAGAGUGUCCACCAGUGAAGCCCGUCCAGUGUCCGGCGGACAGCUAUGAGACUCAGGUCAGACUGACAGCAGAUGGCUGCUGCACCCUUCCUACCAGAUGUGAGUGUUUGCCUGGCCUCUGCACCUUCCCACAGUGCUCAGCGGGGACUUCCCCACAGGUCGUGUCCCAUGGUGAUGGAACACCUGGGAGGUGCUGCGAUGUGUUUGAGUGCGUCAACGACCCCAUCUACCCAGUGCUCAAUUUAGCCGGCUGCUAUGUGAAUGGGCAGAUCCUGGCACACGGAGACCAUUGGCGUGAGGAUGACUGUACCUUCUGCCAGUGUGUGAGUGGAGAGGCCCGCUGUGUGGCAGCUGCCUGCGGCCACAGCUGUCUCAAUCCUGUCACUGUGCCCGGAGAGUGCUGCCCUGUGUGUGAGGAACCCACCUACAUCACUAUGGUGCCCCCUGCCUGCGGUUCACUGGACAACUGCACGCUGGUGGAAAAGAGCUGCCUGUACGGCUUCCGGAUGGACUCCAACGACUGCAGGAUGUGCAGCUGCAAGACACGAGAAGAGUUGUGCAGUGGUCUAAUUGCCAGCUGCACUCUGAAAUGCCCUUUUGGCUUCCAGACUGACAUUCACGGCUGUGAUGUUUGCCAGUGUCGCCCACGUCACAAGAAGUGCAAAGCUGUGGCCUGUGCCAAGGACUGCCCAUUCGGCUAUAUUAAGAACAAGCAUGGCUGUGACACCUGUCGUUGUAAGAAAUGCCCUGAACUUCCAUGUGACAUGUCCUGUCCAAUGGGCUUCCAACAUGAUGAGUUGGGCUGUCUGAUUUGCCAGUGUAGAGAUCAGAGCUCAUCGUCUGUGGCUCCAGCAGUGAAAUCGGGCUCCUGCUUGUCUAUGGAUGGCCGCAGGCACGAGAACGGGCAGAGCUGGCAUGACGGAUGCAGGGACUGUUACUGCCAUGCCGGGAGAGAAAUGUGUGCCCUUAUUUCUUGCCCGGUUCCCCCCUGUGAUAACCCCACCAUCCGAUCCGGCCACUGCUGCCCCACCUGUCCAGAAGAGUCCAGUUCCCAUAAACCGGAGCUGAGUGAGGCGUCCGUGUGUUUGGCUCCGGGUGGAGAGUACUUUGUGGAGGGAGAGACGUGGAACAUUGACUCCUGCACUCAGUGCACCUGCCACAGCGGCCGUGUGCUCUGUGAGACGGAGGUGUGCCCGCCCCUGCUCUGCCACAGUCCAAUCAGAACGCAGGAUUCCUGCUGCCCUCACUGUCCAGAUGAUCCAGUCAUCCCUCAGACGACCAGUAACAACAGCAUGUCCAGCUACUGCAGGAAUGAGGAUGGUGAUAUCUUCUUGGCUGCUGAGUCCUGGAAGCCCAACAUCUGCUCCAGUUGUGUGUGUCUAGACGGAGCCAUCAGCUGCUUCUCUGAGUCCUGCCCACCGGUCAACUGCGCCCGGCCCAUGCUCAGAAAGGGCCAGUGUUGCCCAUACUGUCUAGAUGCCACGCCGAGGGCCGUGUGUCAUUUCAACGGGAAGACUUACAUGGACGAGGAGCGAUGGGACAUUGACAGCUGCACUCACUGCUACUGCCUGCAAGGCCAGACCCUCUGCUCGACUGUCAGCUGUCCUGUCUUACCCUGCCAUCAGCCGGUCACCGUGGAGGGCAGCUGCUGCCCCAUGUGUCCAGAGAGUUACGCUCCCACAAACGUGCCCAUCGAGAAGACGGACCAACGAGGAGACAAGCAGAGACAUCAACCAGCCUGGCCGACUCACAGCGAAAACGAUAUUAUUCCACAGUUCAGAGGUGACUUCGGAAGUCUGCAGAUGCCCUACCUAGACGGCAAGGCACCACUACCCAGUGAGGAUGCUGGUCUGCACUGGGCCUGGGUGGCACUGCCCAUCCUAAUGGUGAUGCUCACUAUCGCCGCCCUGCUGUUGGUCAACCAGCGUAAGCAGUGGAUCCCUGUGCCUUGUUACCGCACUCACAAUAAGUCCACAUGUCUCAAUAACCAGCUGGUGUAUGUGGACUGCCAGAAGGGGACGGAGGUCCAGGUGGACAGCUCCCAACGCAUGCUACGCAUUGCAGAUCCUGACUCAAGAUACAGCGGUUACUACAGCAUGCAGAAACACAGCAACCUGCAAGCUGACAACUUUUACCAGACCGCGUGAGACACAGGAGAGAGAGAGAGAGUGAGUGAAUGAGAAAGAGAGAGACUGAGCCCGUGUUCAGCUGCCAAACCUUUGCGCACAUGGACACCUCUAAAAAAACUGUAGAGAUGGACAAAGCCACCAAACCAAGUGGUCAGAGAAGAGACCCUGAUACCGAAUAACAAUUAUACUAUUCACAUAAGUCACUCCAAACAAAUCGAAAAAAUAUAUCACACGUCGACACCCGAAAGUCUCACCAGGAGAUGGAAGCCGCACCUAUGUAACCGAACCAUUACGGAGUGUGAUUGUUAAAUUGGAGAGGACUCUUCCAGAAUAUUUUUGUGAAUCAGAGGUAUGGUAGGUUGAGCAUCAUUUGUGUAAGCGUGAUAUUUCGUUGAUGUUCAGGCACAAGUUGAAGGUAGUCGUGAAGUCAAAUGAACGUUUUUGGGAUUAGGACAACUGGGGUGUUGUUUUUGUUUGUUUGUUUUUAACAAUAUUUUUCCUGCAUUCCUAACUUUUUCCGUUGGAAAAGAGAGAAAUUAUUUUAGGAGCGAUAACUUUUGACACAUGUGCUUGUGUGAACACUUAAUGCUGAACCAAAGCUCCUCUGCCUACGAAACCAGGCCGGGCGAGAGGCCGAGGAGGGACGUUCACUUCCCUGAGACAGAGGAGACGCUGGACUGUGUACGAAGCACAGCAGAGAGAUGAGUAGAGGGAAAAUCAGACGAAAGAAAAUCUGUUGUU